AUGUCUCAAUCAACUUGUACCAUAAAUAAAUGUAAACGAAUAUCACGUGCACUUUGUCAUUGUUGUAAUCAAGAUAUAUGUUUAUUACAUUUAAAAGAACAUUAUGAUAAAAUUAUUUUACAAUUAAAUCCAUUAACAGAUGAAAUUAGUACAAUUGAUAAUCGAUUGAUUGAAAUAGAUAUUAAAGAAUUUAUUAUAGAAUAUUGUAAACAACUUGAACAAUGGCGUAAUGAAUGUUAUAAAACUAUUGAUUAUUUAUUUUGA